AUGGAAGUAUUUGAUGUGAAUGGACAGGAUUGUGAUUCUACCAACUCGGAGGUGUUGAUGAAAACCAUCAAAAUGCUGCACCAUCCUGCCUACGAGAACCCGUACGAGUGGUCCACGGAGGAUUUUGAUGUCGGACGCCCUCUUGGUCGUGGCAAAUUCGGACGUGUAUAUCUUGCCCGGGAACGCGAAACCGGCUUUAUGGUGGCAAUGAAGGUUAUGUUCAAAUCGCAACUAACUAAAUGGAACGUCGAGAAGCAGCUGUUGCGGGAAAUCGAAAUCCAGUCCCGCCUCAAACAUCCGCAUAUCUUGCGGCUGUACACCUGGUUCCACGAUGAGCGUCGGAUAUAUCUGGCGCUAGAGCUGGCCGCGCAGGGUGAACUGUACAAGCAGCUCAAAGCCGCGCCGAAGGGAUAUUUCGACGAGCGCCGUGCUGCCCGUUACAUUUCCCAGGUGGCCGAUGCAUUGAAUUACUGCCAUGCUAACAACGUGAUCCACCGCGAUCUGAAGCCGGAAAACAUUCUGCUCACGGAUGACGACAACAUAAAGCUGGCUGAUUUCGGGUGGUCCGCGCAUACAAACUCGAAUAAGCGAAAGACGAUGUGCGGUACUCUCGAUUAUCUGCCACCGGAAAUGGUGGACGGCAAGAUGUACGACGAUUCGGUCGAUCAGUGGUGCCUGGGCAUUCUGUGCUACGAGUUCCUCGUCGGCAACCCACCGUUUGAAUCGCCAACGACGCAAAACACGUACGACAAGAUUCGUCGCUUGGAUAUCACCUAUCCUCGGCACAUGAGUUCCGGAGCGAUUAGUCUUAUUUCAAAGCUUCUCUGCAUACCCAGCAGCUCCCGCAUCACGUUGCGAGACGUUAUGAAUCAUCCGUGGGUUGUGCAGAUGAGGAAGUAA